GACAUACAACAACUUUUACGUGACAAACAGGAAAAAAUAUAUAUAUAUAUAUAUAUAUAUAUAUAUAUAUUUUUCACUUUGAUUACAUACAAACAAGAGAAAUAAAUGAUGAUGAAGAAACAAUUGAUACUUGGAGUGAUUUUGCUCGGACUAUUCGUAAUUUUCUUGAACACCACACAAGUCGAAGCCGCUAGGCCGCUCCAAGCCGACGGUGAGAUCCGAUUCGUGUUCCAGUUGCUGCAAAGGGGUUCGGUUCCAGGGUCAGGUCCGAACGGUUGCACAAACAUCCCAGGAGGUUCGGGCACGUGUCGCCCGUGAGCGGUCACGUGAGUCUGGGUUUACAUCAUGGUUCUUUUAAUUUUUUUUUAAGGCUAAUGUAAUAAACACAAUAUCGUUUUGUGUGUUGGUUCUAUUUUGACGCAGUUGUAGCACAUAUGAAAGCAAAUGUAUGUAUUUAUUAACUUGGUAAAAUCUGCCAAAACUAGUUGAUGAGAUUAGCUAUUCUUUGAUUUGUUUUAUGAACUUUAAACAUGUAACUUUUUGCUUUAUAUUUUUUAUUUUAAGAAUCUUUCUGUUAAUUUAUUAAUGCAAGUCCAGAUUAUA